UUUCUUCUCCAGACCCUGCCUUUCGACCGCCGUCGCCGCCACUGCCACCUCCAACCACGGUCCCUCAGCUAAUCGGCAAAGCCAGCGACUGUUGCACCUAAAACUAGUAUUUGGUGAUUACUGAAUUCUUCUCUCUUUUCCCUUUCCAUCUAAAGUUUGAUUUCAAUAUAUUCAGAACGAUGAAAAACCUCUCGCGCAGCUUCUCCACAUUCCUCAACCAUACCAAAACAAAUGCCAAAACCGACCUAAAAAAUUCGAUUGAAACCCCAAUUCCCAGUAACCGCAUAAAAAACCCCAUCUUGUUACCUCACCGAACGAUGCCCACUGCAAAAGGUCAAGAUUCGGACUUUAUAAACGUAGCCCAUAGUCAUCUCAUUCGCUCCGAAUGGGAUAAACUGAACAAAAUAUCCUCCGGUUUAACCCCAUUUCGAAUUAAGCACAUACUGCUGAAAACCCAUAAAGACUAUGUCAUUUCUCUCGAAUUCUUCAAUUGGAUUGAGCUCAUGAAUUCCGAGCUCAACACCCUCGAUGUGAUUUCAAUCCUUCUCCAUAUCUUAACCAAGAAUCGCAAGUUCAAAUCCGCGGAGUCGAUCAUGAGAAGAACCCUUGAAACGGGCUCUUUGGAUUUGAAUUUUCCGAGAAAGGUAUUUGAGGCUUUGGUUUACUCUUAUAAGCUGUGUGAGUCUUCAUCGCGUGUAUUUGAUGCUCUGUUCAAGACUCAUGCGCAUAUGAAGAAGUUUAGGAAUGCAUCUGAUUGUUUUAAUUGGAUGAAGGAGUUUGGAUUCUAUCCCACUGUUGAGUCUUGUAAUGCAUAUCUGAGUGCAUUGUGCAGCUUGAGUCGUAGUGAUAUCGUAUCGUCUUUUUAUAGGGAAAUGCGUAGGUGCCGUAUUUCUCCCAAUGUUUAUACUGUUAAUAUGGUUAUAGGGGCUUAUUGUAAAGCUGAUAGAUUGGAUUUGGGAGUUGAGUUGUUCAAGGAUAUGGAAGGGAUGGGGUUAGCACCUAGUGUUGUUUCGUAUAAUACUUUGAUUAAUGGAUACUGCUGUAAGGGUCUCUUGAGUAGUGCUGUGAAGCUCAAGAGUGCGAUGGAGAAGGAUGGUGUUCGGCCAAAUGAUGCUACGUAUAACACGCUCAUGUAUGCUUUGUGCAAGGAGGGGAAAAUGCAUGAUGCGAACAAGCUGUUGAGUGAAAUGAGAAGCACGGAUGUUGCUCCCACGACUGUUACUUACAACACUCUGAUCAAUGGCUACAGUGAAGCUGGAAAUAGUGAGAUGGGAAUGCGCCUCUUUGAGGAAAUGUUGGUGGCUGGCGUUGAUGCUGAUAUCUUGACUUAUAAUGCUGUCAUUUUGGGGUUGUGUAAGCAGGGGAAGACAAAGAAAGCUGCGUUUAUGGUGAAAGAACUUGAUAGGAAGAAGUUGGUUCCUAAUUCGUCAACCUUUGCAGCCCUCAUUACCGGGCAGUGCGUGAGAAACAAUCCUGAUCAUGCUUUUGAGAUCUACAGAAGCAUGAUCAGGAGUGGCUGUCAGCCCAAUCGAGCAACUUUUCAAGUGUUAGUGUCUGCUUUUAUAAAGAGUGAGGAUUAUGAAGGAGCAGUUAAGGUUUUGAAGGAAAUGAUGGAAAGAGCUAUAGCUCCAGAUUCAGAUGCCUUGUCUUGUGUUUUGAAUGGACUUGGGAAAGAGGGAGUUGUAAUGGACUUGGUUAAGGAGAUGAAAUCUCGGCACCUUAUGCCCCGAGGAAUCACUAAUGAAGUCUCGAGUACCUUUUAACAAAGCUUUAUGGCUUGUCAGUCAAAAUUUAAUUACAUCAUGCAAAAUGUUUGAUUGUGGUCCAAAGACUCAAUACACCACUGGGCAGCGGGACAAGUUUGUAAGGUAUCAAUAUCCUUUUCGUUUUCUAUAUAAUUCUCGAAUUGUAGAGUUAUCUAAUUAGCUGGCUUCGCAGAGCUUGGACCGCUUAUGCUAACGAUGCUUGCCGAGAAAGUGAGGUUUGAGCAAAUAUACUCCCUCCGUCCACGAUUAAUUGACACCAAUUUCCUUUUUCGUCCGUCCACAAUUAAUUGACACACUUACUUUUUACUACUUUUGCUUAGGACCUCACAUUCCACUAAUUUAUCACACUCACAUUUUAUUAUAAAAUUAAUAUAUAAAAGUAGGACUCACAUUCUACUAACUUUUUCAACCCACUUUCCACUAUAUUUCUUAAAACCCGAGCCAAGUCAAAAUGGCUCAAUCAAUUGUGGACAGACCGACAGAGUGAGUAAUUUGUAAAUUUCCUGCAAUGUUGGACGCUUCUUCAAUCAUGUCUGUACAAUAACUGUUCUCAUCAAUGCACUUGUGAUAAAGUACCAGAUGCUGUUUCACUCUCUUCUAUUAGACAAGUAUUUAUGAAGGUUUUUUCUUUCUUUUUAUUAAUAGAUUGGAUGAGUUGGAUUCCAGACUCUUAUCCCCUUCUACUUCAGUUGCUACAGAAAAAUGUGACUUUAGUCUCGAUGGUUUAAGCCGUGGUAAUCAUAGA